AUGCGCUCCCUCGCCCAGGGGGCUCAAACGCAGGGUCUGGGGGAGGAACAAAAUGACAGAAAAAGAAUUCCCUGCCCUCUUGAUCCAAAACACACUGUAUAUGAAGACCAACUACAAAAGCAUUUAAAAAAAUGUAAUUCAAGAGAGAAGCCAAAGCCCGUCUACUUUGUUCAAGAUAUUAAUGCAGGUUUAAAAGAUGUGGCAGAAAUACCAGAAAAGCAAGUCACUUUAUCUUCUCUAUCCAGUGAAGAGCUGCAGAACUUAAUUGUCAAGUUGAAAAAAGCAAGUAAUGGCCUGGAACUUCAUCUUAAGGAAGAAAUACUGUCCCACCAGGCUUUACAAGAAGCCUUAAAUGACCCAAAGAAUGGGGAAUCUGCUUUCAAACACUUGAAACAACAGGCUUCUAUUUUAGGUAACAUGGAAAGAUUGCAUUUACUUGGUCCAGGAAGAUGUUUUGUUGAGUUUGGAGCUGGGCGAGGAAAGCUGUCUCAUUGGGUUGAUGUUGCCUUACAGAAUGUUGAAAAUGUGCAGUUUUUGCUUGUGGAAAGAGCAACCACAAGAUUCAAGGUGGAUGGAAAACAUAAAAGAAGAGAUUCUAUAUUUGAGAGGCUUCAAGUUGAUAUUCAGCACUUAUGUUUAAGUAAGGUACCUAUUUUGGAGAAGAAGAAACUACCAGUGGUAGGAAUUGGGAAGCAUUUGUGUGGUGCUGCAACAGAUCUGGCUCUGAGAUGCUUGGUUGAAAGUUACUCAACUUGCUGUGGUGGAGAAAAUGAAGAGCCUGCGGCAAAACGCUGUAGGACUGCUACGACAGAGGUGGCUCCUGACACUGCUGCUGGUAAUGGCAGCAACACGGAAGACCAUAAGCCUGUAGCUGGAAUUGUCAUUGCUCUGUGUUGCCAUCACAAGUGUGACUGGACACAUUAUGUAGGCAGAGAGUUCUUUAAAUCAGUUGGACUGGGAGCAGUAGAAUUCCAUUAUUUCCAGAGAAUGAGUAGUUGGGCCACUUGUGGCAUGCGAGAAACCACAAGCAAAGCCUCUACAAGUGAAGAAAGUGAAGACCAAACUAAUGACACAGAAGAACAUGAGCAAACAUUCAGCAUGGCAGAGAGUGGUUCUGAUACAUGGCAAGGGAUACUUACUGUUGAAGAACGAAAGGAGAUAGGUUGCCUCUGUAAACGGCUGAUUGAUCACGGACGGAUUGAAUAUUUACAACAACAAGGAUACAAGGCUGCACUACAGUAUUACACAGAGUCUGCUGUAUCCUUGGAGAAUGUCCUGUUGACAGCUGUCCCAAGUCCAUUUUUGAUAACAGAGCCAACUACAUGACAGGAGAUAAUUUGGAAUUGUUAGGGAAAAAAAAACCUAAAAAACUUAUCUGGAUUUUUUUAAAAAGCUAAUUCAGUGUUUACCAAAAAAAAUGUUUUAGUCUUUCCUGUACCCAGGAAAAGGUCUUAUAUUUCCCAGUGUCACUGGGAAUUACACAUAUGCAAACCAGUUCUCAUCAGUGGAAAAAUAAAAUCCCUAAGAAUA